AUGGCUCAUCUGGCACACCAACUUCCGUGGCAGAGGCUGGCGACCAACUUUGACCAGAGACGCGUGGCCAGGCACAAAAAACUGCUGGUGCCUCUCAAUAAGCCGCAGCAGGGCAAAGAGAUCACCUACUUCACCGUUGCGUUCGCCCGUGUCCUGGCUGAGUUUUCCGCCACGGAGCGUCGCAAACAUACACGGCCUGCGAAGAUGAGGACUGGUGGUAUAGUCAACGGGAGACGGCCCGACGUGAUAACAAUGUGGCUCAUCCUGGGCAAAAUGGAGACACUGUUCAAGAUCGCGCGAUACGCGCUGGAGACUGUGAAGCGAAUGUGUUCCUAG